AUUGCUCUAGCCAAGACACAAACCGUAAAGCGCUUUUUUUAAAAAAAAGCGCCCGUUACACGUUACGUUACAGCUACGGUGUAAACAGAAAUCCCACGUAGCGUUACAAACUGUCACCGUGCAUUACGUUUCAGUCAAAUUCCCUUACUACAGCGGUGUAAACAAUAACAAAACGUAUUUUUUUUUAAAAACGCAAACGUAAAAUUAUUGCGCAAUCGCCUCAACCAAUGGGAGCCGGCUUUUUGGCAAAGUUUGUGCGAAUGAAAGAGAAUGUCUGGCGUCCGAAGAGACGACCGACGACAAUCCAGAGAUGCCGGUUAUCGGGAGCUGUCAAAUGGACAAAUUCUUCACAACUUGAAGUUGUGCUUCUCUUCCGAAAUUAGGGCAAACCACUUCAACGCUAUCGGUUUGGAUGAUAGCAAACGAAACGAAGCGACGCAGGAAAGCUGUAAAUAGUGUAGAAUUGAUUGUUAGUAGGAUCAGGUGGCUACAUAAUCAUGUACACAGCGAAGAAAUGGAUUUAUGCGAAACCGUUCACCAAUGAACCAACGCUAGAGAACUUCCAGUUGGUGGAGGAACCCGUACCGCAGCUGCAGGAUGGAGAAUUCAUGAUACGCGCCAUGUACCUUAGCGUCGAUCCGUAUAUGCGAAUCUACACGCUCAACUGCCCUGUUGGAAGCACCAUGAUCGGGGGCCAAGUUGGUGAGGUGAUCGAAAGCAAGAAUGGAGACUUUCCAGUUGGAUCGUAUGCAUUCGCGCAGGUUGGCUGGCGUACGAUUUCCAUCUGCAAUCCGGCAUUGUUUGAAACGCGAAAACCGUACGUGUUGGCGGAUUUCGGCGAUCUUCCCAUUUCGCUCGGUAUGGGUGCACUAGGAACCGUUGGUAAUACCGCGUACUUUGGCUUUCUGGAGAUUUGUAAACCACAGCCGGGAGAGACAGUUGUGGUGAGCGGUGCGGCCGGUGCGGUCGGUAGUAUCGUUGGACAGAUAGCGAAGAUUAAAGGCUGUCGGGUGAUUGGAAUUGCUGGAACGCGUGAAAAGUGCAACUGGUUGCGGGAGAUCGGGUUCGAUGGUACGAUUAACUACAAGGAAGACAACAUUGAGGAAGCGCUAAAGCAGCUAGCACCGGAUGGUGUUGAAUGUUACUUCGAUAAUGUUGGUGGCUACACGUCGGAAGUGGUGAAGGGACAGAUGAAAGCCUUCGGACGGAUAUCCGUAUGCGGGACCAUAUCAAUGUACAAUGGCAAACCGGCCCAGGUGAUCGAUCCACAGCGAGAUUUUGUGUGGAAACAGUUGAUGCAGGAAGGCUUCAGUGUACAUCGAUGGACGGAUCGUUGGUUUGAGGGUAUCAAGCAAAAUAUGCAAUGGAUCCGGGAGGGAAAGAUUAAGGUGCGAGAAACAUACACUGAGGGCUUUGAAAACAUGCCCAGCGCCUUCAUUGACAUGAUGAAGGGUAAAAAUAUCGGUAAAGCAGUUGUGAAAGUUUGAGCUGACAAUAUGUGGUGCCUUUAACAUGCAUUUCAAUACGCAUUUAUAAAAAAAACCGUAAAAUUAUUCAUAUUAAAUCAAAAUGGUGACUUAAAUAUACCUCAAUAAAGCAUUAUGCAACGUU